CACUUUUGACUGUCACAACAUCUGUAGAAAUGCGUUUCUGUCAUGGCAGGUGACACGCGCAGAGCAGAUGUAGUGAAGUUGAUUGUGUCCUUUUCUUUGAUUAUAUCGAUUUAAUUCUUCAGUGGAGUGUCGUGCGCGGCGCGCUCCCGCUGCACGACGUGUGUUGUGAGUCACGGGUGAACGUCGCGGUGAGUCUAUACCGAUGUCAUCUCCUCAAACGCGUCGAACGGAUUGGAAGCGUUCUCAAUGGUUUUUAUGUGAGGAAACGUGCGUUGACUCCGCGUGUUUACGGUAGAGACACGUAAAGGUCUUAAAAGCUUCUUUUCGCCGUGUAUUUGUCUCCAUGCUGUCCCAGAAAGGCGUUUUACUGCUCGUGUUUACUGAGGGUGUUAAGGUAUGACGGGACAGGGCGCGCAUGCACCAGACGAGGGCGCCAUAUUACGCAUCAAUGUGGGAGGAUUCAGGCGUCGACUUCUGUCCACGCGACUCUCGCGAUUUCCCGAGACGAGACUUGCGCGACUGCUGCAGUGUCGCUCCAAAGAAUCGAUCCUGGAAUUGUGUGACGAUUAUGAUGACUUUGACAAGGAGUUUUACUUUGACCGAAAUCCAGCGCUCUUUCCUUACGUUUUGCAUUUCUACAACACGGGCAGGCUGCACGUCAUGGGUGAGCUCUGUAUUUUUUCCUUUAGUCAGGAAAUCGAGUACUGGGGAAUCAACGAGUUCUUCAUCGACUCGUGCUGCAGCAGCAUGUACCACUGUCGCAAGAUGGAGCCCGGGCAGACGGACUGGGACGACAAGAGCGAAGAGGGCAACACCGCAUCCUCGCUCGAUGAAAUCGCCGAGUUUUACAACAAUGCUGGAAAGUUUGACAAGCAACCUCUGGGUAGUGCCCGGCGCAGAAUCUGGCUGGUGUUGGACAAUCCGGGGUAUUCACUGCCCAGCCGGGUCAUCAGCAUUUUCUCCAUUCUGGUCGUGCUGGGUUCGGUGGCCACCAUGUGUAUGAACAGCAUGAGCGAGUUCACACUCCUGGACGGCGACGGCAGACCCCUCGAGGACCCGCGCUUCGAGACCAUGGAGCGUUUCGGAAUCGGAUGGUUCACCUUUGAAUUGUUGGCCAGGUUUGCCGUAGCGCCGGACAUCCUGCACUUCUUCCAGCACCCGCUGAACCUCAUCGACCUGGUCUCCAUCUUACCUUUCUAUCUCACUUUGAUGGCUAACCUGGUUGCGAAGAGCAGCCCGGCACUUGUGAACCUUGGUCGAGUGGCCCAGGUUCUGCGGCUCAUGAGGGUCUUCCGCAUCCUGAAACUAGCACGUCACUCCACUGGCCUGCGCUCCCUCGGUGCUACGCUCCGCAACAGCUACAGGGAGAUCGGCCUGCUAUUGCUUUACUUGGCCGUCGGCGUGUCGUUUUUCUCCGUCAUGGCGUACACAGUGGAGAAGGAGGACAACGGGGGCUUGAGCACAAUUCCGGCCAGCUGGUGGUGGGCUACGGUCAGCAUGACCACCGUGGGCUAUGGGGAUGUGGUUCCCGGCUCCGUGGCGGGAAAACUGACGGCCUCCUUUUGCAUCCUGGCAGGAAUAUUAGUUAUGGUGCUUCCGAUCACUUUGAUUUUUAAUAAGUUUUCUCUGUUUUAUAAGAGACAGAAGCAGUUGGAGUCCAUCAUGAAGAGGUGUGAUUUUGACGGAGGAAUUAAAGAGGCUCCUUCAGUCAAUCUGAGGAAUUAUUACGCUCAUAAAGUGAAAGCGCUGAUGGCCAGUCUGUCCAACAUGAGCCGCAGUUCAGCCAGCGAUUGUGGUUUGAGCGAGUCGUCACAUUAGACUGGAAAUCUCACACUCACCAUGUGACUCCUUGUUUCAUUCAGAAUAAUGUGUUUGUUUGUGGGAUGGACCGCAGUGUCUUGUGGGUAAUGUUUGCUUUCUUUGACUCUCAGGUUCUCUCUGUGUUGUUUAUGGCUUCAGUGCUGCCUGUCACUGUAUGUAGAGCUUUGAAACACACACAAUUUACAUACACAACAUGGUUUUUCUUUAACUAAUUCUUGAAUUUUUUUCCUGUAAUGAUUCUACUUUGAUCAGAGAUGUUAUGAGAAAAUAUAUCAUUCAUUGAUGUGAUUAGUAUUUUAUAUUGACAUUUGUAAAUGCAGAAGGACUUGGAUGGGGUGAAGUGUUAAACGUUGUGCUAGAAUGUGAUUUUCAGUUCACACACGGUGUGUUUAGAUUUGUGUGAUUUCUGAGUGCUCUUGUUUCAGACAUUGCUCUUCUCAAACACGUCUGAAACACGUGUCUUAAAGUGUUUUUAAUUUUUCAUUUCUUAAUUAAAGUGUUAUGUUAGAGUAAAACGUGGUAUUUUACUUUCUUAAACCAUAGUAAAUUUUAUUUGUGUCCAUCAGAUGUGUAAUCUGAUCUCUCUGGUUCAUCAAUCACAGUUCAUACAAAAACACACUUAGUAUUCAGACAUGUACCCACCUUACUAAUGUACUGAUAACUAAAUGUCAUGUUGUCAAUGAUCUGAUCCACAUUCUGCUUCUAUUGUGGCAAUGUCUUUUGUUUCCUUCGAAACGGGUUCUCUGAUUCCUCUGCUCUGAGUGUUUCUGUCACUGCUGGAGAUAAACUCACAAUCUUCAUCACCGUCAGACGCAGCAGUGCAUGAUGCAUAACUCAUCAGCGUCAGACGCAGCAGUGCAUGAUGGGUAACUCAUCAGCGUCAGACGCAGCAGUGCAUGAUGGGUAACUCAUCACCGUCAGACGCAGCAGUGCAUGAUGGGUAACUCAUCAGCGUCAGACGCAGCAGUGCAUGAUGGGUAACUCAUCACCGUCAGACGCAGCAGUGCAUGAUGGGUAACUCAUCAGCGUCAGACGCAGCAGUGC